AUGUAUAGCGUUAAUGAGUUUGUUUUCUCGUCCCAACUCGGCCGAAAGUGGAUGAGGUGCAACUUCUUAGUUAACCUCAAUGACUGCGACGGUCUUUCUCUCGAUGGGCUCCAACCUUUCACCCGCGCCAGGAAGACCAAAGUCACAAAUAAUCUCAAAAAUACCUUACUUGUGUCUAUAACUGUCAUGGGAUUUCUCUCAGAUUGGCCGUUCAUUGGCUUGCUUGCUGGAAUACCCCUAAUCUACGAACUCCUCAAGCCUACAAGCUCUUCACUGGGUGCUGAUACACGAGUGCAGCCUCGAUGGAGCUCCUUACUCAACGACAAAGGCUGGUGGAUGCGCGCUGCCUUGCCUAUAUAUCUACUGCACCAAUUCGAAGAACAUGGCUACGAUUUCCUGGGUAGGCGCUACGCGUUCCGAGCAUACUUUUGCAAAAAUCUGGGAUUUGAAGAUAUCGAAGCCUGCCCGCUGACUCCUCUUGUCAUUCUUUUUGUCAACGGUUCACUCGUAUGGAUCACUGGGCUUGCCGCGCGAGUAAACAUUCAAAAUGCGAGAAGUUUCUACGGAUUCACGCUUAUCAACGGGUUGACGCACGUUUUACCAGCAAUAUUCGCUGGACCAAGGUAUAACCCAGGACUUGUCACUACGCUGAUACUGUUCUUUCCUGGGGCAUUUUUUGCUCUACGGGCACUGGGUGGUGCUAAGAGAGGCAUUGCAGCUGGUGUUGUAUGCCACAUUGUCUUGAUGGGUUCAAUGAAGCUCGCUGCUAAAGGCUUGAUUCCUGAAGGGGCUCUCUGUGGGGUGCAGGUUUUGGACACACUUCUGUUGCUUGCACUGUGA